AUGUCAUCCGACGAGAAGCCAGCUUCCAGCCACUUGGACCAGGACCCCGAGAAGAUCGGGCACGAGGUGCACAUUGCCAUCGCCGACGAUGAGUCGCCUGAUAAUCUCCACCGAGGGUUGAAAGACCGCCAUAUUCAAAUGAUUGCCCUUGGUGGUGUCAUCGGAACUGCUCUUUUCAUUGGUACCGCACCUGCCCUUGCUGAUGGUGGACCUCUCGGCGUGCUCCUUGGCUUCAUUGCGAUGGGUUCACUCGUCUACUCCGUCAUGGCAUGUCUGGGUGAGAUGAUCGUCCACACCCCCAUCCCCGGUGGCCACAUUGCUCUCGCGCAACGUUAUGUAGGACCCAGCAUGAGUUUUGCGAUGGGCUGGUUCUACUGGUACCUCUGGACCAUCCUUCUCCCCGCGGAGCUCAGUGCGGUCGCCGUCCUGAUCGGCUACUGGGUUCCCGACAUUAACCCCGCGGUGUGGAUCGGUAUCGCGCUGGUGGUUGUGACCCUCCUGAACAGCUGCAGCGUGCGCGUUUACGGCGAGUCUGAAUUCUGGUUCGCCUCGCUCAAGAUUGUUCUCAUUGUGGGCAUCAUCCUGUGCAGUGUCAUUGUGUCUGCGGGCGGCAACCCCAAGCACGAGGUCAUUGGCUUCAAGUACUGGACGGGCGAGAACGGUCCCUUCCAGCAAUACAAGGGCAUCCCGGGAAGCCUUGGCCGUUUCCUGGGCUUCUGGGCGACCCUCACGCGCGCCGCGUUCGGCUACGUUGGAGUGGAAAACGUGUCCCUUGCCGCCGGUGAGGCCCAGGACCCGAAGAACUCCAUGUCCAAGGCCAUUCGCCGUGUGUGGAUCCGCAUCGUCAUCUUCUUCAUUACCACUGUGUUUGUCAUGACCCUCAUCAUGCCCUCGUCGGACCCCCGCCUGCGUCUCGGCACCGGUACCGCCACGUCGUCGCCAUUUGUGAUUGCAUACCAGCUUGUCGGCAUCAAGGUCCUGCCCAGCGUCAUCAACGCCGGUGUGCUCUGCUCGGCGACCUCGGCCGCCUCGGCCCACAUGUACCUCGGCUCGCGUGCGCUGUGGGCUCUGUCGUACAAUGGCCGUGCGCCCGCCAUCUUCCAGAAGACCAACCGCCACGGCACUCCCUACCUCUGCGUCGCUGUGGCGUUCGCGUUUGGCCUCCUUGCCUUUACUUCUGCGGGUGCCAAGACCGCCGGCGACAUCUUCAACUACUUCUCCAACAUGGUCUCCAUUGUCGGCCUGAUCUCCUGGGCGGGCAUUGCGUUCAUCUACCUGCGCUUCUACGCUGCGCUCAAGUAUGCCGGGCUCAACCGUCGCGAGCUCCUGACCCAUUACUGCACCUGGUUCCAGCCGUACAUGGGCUGGUACACGCUCAUCUUCAGCUCCAUUGUCGUCCUGUUCAACUCGUGGGCCGUGUUCAUGAAGGGCAACUGGGACGUGGCCGACUUUAUCUGCGGCUACCUCCCGGUCCCGCUCUUCUUCAUUGCCUACUUUGGCCACAAGUUUAUCACAAAGUCCAAGAUGAAGCCGUUCGACGAGAUCGACUUCUUCACCGACAGCAAGGCCGAGGACUUUGGCGAGGUCAAGGCGCAGCCCACGACGGUCUGGGGCCGUAUGCUGCACGCCGUCAUUUAA